UGUGACAAAUGUUAAGGUCGUUUGAUCGCUAAAUUUCUGAUCGCCACCGUUCACAGAGGAAAUAUAUAUCGUUGUGUUCCGAUCAAAUUCUAAAUUUUUAAGAUGGAAACGAAAAGUCGGAGCCUGGAAGAACAUCCCGAAAAGGAGGUAUUACCAAAAUCUGAAACAAUUUAUAAAUAUAGAAGAUUCUAUCAAAGAGAAGGUAUACGAUUAUCAAAUAUCAGAAAGAUGAAUGAGACGCGCACUGGAAAAAAGGAUAAAAAUCAACAUAUACAAGUGUUUGUACGAGUCAGACCGAUAAAUAAUGCAGAACGACUUGGAAAAUCAGUGUCAGUGGUGGAAGUACCAUCGAAUAAAGAUGUAAUAAUACGUGAAAGACCGCAAGAUAAACUUUCAAAAAAGUUCACAUUUGAUAAAGUAUUUGGUCCAUUAUCGAAGCAGAUUGAUGUAUACAAAGCUGUUGUUAGUCCUCUAUUGGAAGAAGUUUUGGCUGGAUAUAAUUGUACAGUGUUUGCAUAUGGACAAACUGGUACAGGAAAAACUUUUACUAUGGAAGGCGUCAGCAAUGAUCCAGCUUUACAUUGGCAAAGUGACACAACUGCUGGAAUUAUACCGCGUACCUUAAGUCAUUUGUUUGACGAACUACGAUUAUUAGAAGCUCAGGAAUACACAGUACGAAUCAGUUUUCUAGAACUCUAUAAUGAAGAAUUAUUUGAUCUUCUAUCACCCAAUGAUGAUGCUUCAAAAAUAAGAUUAUAUGAAGAUACAUCAAGAAAAGGUGCUGUUAUCAUUCAUGGUUUAGAAGAAGUAACUGUACAUAACAAAAGUGAAGUUUAUAAGAUCCUCGAAAAAGGAUCAGAAAAGAGACAAACAGCAGUAACAUUGAUGAAUGCUCAGUCAAGUCGAUCACAUACAGUUUUUUCAAUCACUGUACAUAUCAAAGAGAACACUGUUGAUGGAGAAGAGCUCUUGAAAACUGGGAAACUAAAUUUAGUAGACUUAGCAGGAAGUGAAAAUGUAGGUAGAUCUGGUGCAGUUGAUAGAAGAGCAAGAGAAGCUGGUAAUAUUAAUCAAUCUUUAUUGACUCUUGGACGGGUUAUAACAGCAUUAGUAGAAAGAGCACCACAUAUACCAUAUAGAGAAUCUAAGUUAACGAGACUUCUUCAAGAAUCACUGGGUGGACGUACAAAGACGUCUAUAAUUGCGACGAUAUCUCCUGCUAGCAUAAAUCUGGAAGAAACUUUAUCAACAUUAGACUAUGCACAUAGAGCAAAAAAUAUUACUAAUCGACCAGAAAUUAAUCAAAAGCUUUCUAAGAAAGCAUUACUUAAAGAAUAUACAGAGGAAAUUGAAAGAUUAAGAAGAGAUUUAUUAGCAACACGUGAAAGAAAUGGUGUUUACCUUGCACAGGAAAAUUAUAAUGAAAUGCAAAGUUUAAUAGAUUAUCAAGGUAGAGAGAUAGAAGAAAAAAUAAAUCAUAUUAAAGCACUCGAAGAAACAAUGCAAAAUAAAGAAAAAUUAUUCAAUGACUUGCAAGUAGAACAUUAUGUACAGACAAAUAAGUUGCAAGAAGUGGAAAAUAAUUUAGCAAGUACAACUAAUGUAUUAAAAUCAACUAAAAAUCACUUGAAAAUGACUAGGCAAGAAAGGGAUGAACAAAAAUAUCUUGUAGAAAAUCAUGUAUCAACUGAAAAAAUAUUAUUAUCCCAAGCAAAGACACUUUUGAAUGUUGCAGAUACAGCAAGUACAGAUACUUAUAAAUUACAUGAUAAAAUCGGUCGCAAAACGAAAGUAGAGGAAGAAAAUGAAAAUCUUAGUCAACAGUUCCAAAAUAAUAUUAAAAAUCGUUUCCAAGAUAUUGAAAAUGAUCUUUCUGUUUAUACACAUGAAUUGGUACAAUUUUGCAUGUCUCUGAAAACUCAAAUUGAAACAGUUACCAGUGAAGGAUUAACAGCAGCCAAACUUACUACUAAGAAAUUAGCAGAGGACAUAGAUAGUUCUUAUACUGUUUAUGAAGAAUGGUUAAAAAAAGAAAUUGAAGUUGUUUCCAAUGUAACUGAAGAUGAGCGUAAUCGAUUAGACGAAUUUUCUAGAAAAUUAGUAUCUAGAAUUGAAAGCUUGGUAAAAACAAAAAUAGCGGAAAAUUUAAACGUUUUAAAUGAAAGUGUUUCACAAAAACUUCAACAUUUAGCAACACUAGCAAAAACAUCUAUAAACGAAAUGUGUAAUUAUCAACUUACAGAAUGUAAUCAGUUAUGCAAGAACAUAGAAGAGAUAGAACAAACUGUUCAAAAUGUACUUCAUAAUCAAGGUCAAACUAUACAAGAAAAUCAACAAUUUGCAAAGAUGUUCGAAGAUGUAUAUCUUCAAUUCAAUAAUCUUCGCAAAAACGAAAACCAAAGACAUAUCGCGGUUUCUGAUAUGUUAAAUCAUGUAAAUAAAACAUGCGAUAAUAUUAGUAAUAAAAUUAAAGAUGACUACAAGUUGAGUGUAGAUAAGAAACAAAGUUUACAAGACAAGUUAGAAAAUGACUUUACGAUUAUCGAAAAUGAUGUUGCCAUGAGUACAAAAGAGAAUAGGAUAUUGGCAGACCAAAUUUUGGAGCAAAGUGUUACUCUAACAGAAGAAAUACAAACAGAAUUAUCGGCAAGAUCGAAUGCGUUAGAAAAAUAUAAAAAUGUUUCGGAAGAUCAUGCUAAAGCGUUGAAACAUAAAACAGAGAAUGAUAGAAUCGCUUUUUCUACCUUAAUUAAUAAUAUCAACGAAAUUACAGAAACUACAUAUGCUAAUACACAAGUUGGAAAUAAGUUAGAAAGUCGAAGUACAGAAUCAAUAGAAUGCAAUAAUAGAAUAAUUGCACAAGUGCAUACGACAGAGCAUGAAAUUGAAAAAUUCCUGAUUGAAGACUUACGACAUGACGUAGCGACAGGUUUAACACCUGCAAGAAAAGAAUUUCAAUACCCUCGUCAUCUGACUGCAACUUCUCCGCAUGAACGUAUUCUUCAAAGAUUUAGGGAAAUUAGAAAAAAUAUAAAUACUUCGGAAAGUGAUGAAGACACGAUUCUAAACCAAUCAUCCGAAAAUGAAACGAUCAUUUCAUCGCCUCUUUUUGAAAACACAGUGAUUAGUGCGUCAACACCAAUUUUUAAUAUAAACGGAGAAUUACCAGAUAAAAGUAAUACGGUUAAAUACAAUAUUGUCAGGGCUGCUUCGGCGUCAGAUAUUUCCUUAAUUCCAAGACCAACUCUUGAAACUAGUAUUCAAUCCGAACCUGAUUUAUGUAUAAAGAAUCAUGAUAAAGAAAACGACAAAGAUGAAUUUUUAAAACCAGACAUGAUGAAAAGCAAACGAUUAUCAAAAACAAGGUGUUCGAAUCGAAAAGUGCUUGGAUCAUAUAACUGAUAAUACAUUUACACAUACAUUAUACAUAUAGUAAAAUAAAACUUUAGAGAGAUAUUUAAAAAAAAAAAAGAGUAUCACGUAAUCAUACAAUUAUUCUUUUUAUCUUUUUUUUACAUAUGAAUAUAUAUAUAUAUAUUGUACUUCAUCAGAAUUGAUCAUAUAAUCCUACUUGAGCAAAUGUAUUGUUUUUGAAUGUUUCAUGUUUUUUCAUUAUAUUAAUACAAUAGAUAUUGUACAUAUAAAUGUAUGUGCACAGGUGGAAUGAUGCUAAUAAGUUAAUAAAUUAACAUACACGCGAAAAGGUACUGUAUUAUUGCUAAAUAUAAGAUUAGUACCUGACAGACUCUCUGUAAGAUAUCUAAUAACACUGAAACAUUAUUCAUUUCAUGCAUUUACAAGGUGAUAAAUAAUAAUUGUAAAUUUUUUA